UUAAGAUUCUUUCAGUCAGUGUCUUUAUUUUGCGAAGCAAUUUAAUUAAAAUGUCAUUAGCCCACAUUGCGAAGCAAAUUUAAUCAUAAUAAUAAUAUCAAUUACGAAACGUAGCACACAAAAAAUAAACACAGUGAAAUUAUUGGAAACGUGACUCAAAUAUGAAAUCGCACUUCCCAAAGUUUAUGUGACCAAAAAAGAUCAGCACGUGCUGCACAGUGUAAACGACCGCGUUUUUAAGGUGACCAUCGUAGAGAAGCAGCUUUUUCGUUGGUCGUAAACCAAUUUAAUGCUGUGAUGACGAUGUGUAAUGUACUUGUAUUAUGCGAUUAGGUACAUCCCCUUGGCAACUAUUUUAAUAGCAAUACAUCCAUAAACCCGCACGAGUGUAUGUGGAUGUACAUAGACUUCUGUUCGGCUUACUUGGCAGUUUUACAUUUCCGGAUAUCGAUGCUGCUCACAAACACGGAAAAUGUACGUAAAUAAAGCGAAACCAAAAUUAUGUAGAAGCUUCUACAUACUAUCAGGGUCAAUUUGUGACAAAAUAUUAUGAUGAGCUGACAUAAUGCAAGCAGCAAACAAUAUAAAUAAGACGAUAAAAAUUCAAUUAAAUCAGUUCGAGUUAAAUAUAUAAAACGUUAAGUAGCAAAUAGUGUGGAUAGUAAAAAUAAAAAUCUAUCAAAAAUCAUAAAAUAUGACAACAAAAGGUUUAAUAACCAAAGUUUUAUUAUCCUGCCUGUUAUUUUCUUAUACUCAGGCACGCGUAUUACGUAUCGAUGCUGGCUCUAAUGUAUCUGUGCAAAAAUCACAAUCAAUAACAACAUUAGAAGCCACCACAAUAUCAACAGAUAUCGAACAAGAAGAUUUCACAACAAAGGCACCAGAAAACGCUGAGGAAACCACAAUUACAGCGUUAAGUAGAGAUGAAGAUGCCAGUAUUAAAAUUACAGCUGCUGAAUUAGACCCAGCACCAGGUACUGUGGAAGGCAUUGAAAUAGAAUUAUUCGAUGAGAUUGAAGAAGAAAAUGAAGACAAUUCUAAACUAAGGAAAUCGGAAAAAUUAUUACUUCUUAGUGCACCCAAACUACAUGAGCAACCAAAAGAAGAAGAAGAAGAAAAUGUAGAAGAAUCCGAAGAAAUCAUAGCUGAUGCCACAACGGAAACAACAACCGAAACUACCACUAGCACCAUUGCAGCUGAAGAAGUGACGACAGUUGUACCAGUGACAAAAUUACAUGCAAUCAACGAAACAUCACCAAAUCAAACAGAAGCUAAAAAUGUUGAAAAUCCAGCAGUUGCCAAAAAGGUGGAUGAUACACCUGUCAUACCAGCGGUUCAACCUGCUGAACCAAAAAACAGUAAUGCUGCAUCAGCUGUGUUAAUUGAAACUGAAUCCGAUUAUGUGCUUGUUGAUUCCGAUUUCGAGGAAUUUGGCACAUUCGCGCAUGUUGACAGCGACUUGCAUUUGCAGCCAAUUGUGCAGUCAGUGGAAAUCGUUCCCACAAGCGUUGAUGAUCCCUUAAUUAUUAGUUACGUCCAUAGUUGGUGAUAAACCAAACGUUGUUUCUUCCAUUCAUUAAAGGUUUUUAUGGAUAAGUUUUGUUGGAAUGCAGUAUUUUUUAUUUUUAUACGAUAACUCAUUAAGUUUGUUACCCACGAAUA